UUUGAAAGUAUUUGGGAAGAAAGUGCAAUUUAUCAUUAUCUGAGAUUUGCCUAGAGUACUUCGUGGGCGCAAGGGUCAAAGCCAAGGUCAUUGUUUUACGUCUCUCUGAUAAGACAUCAGGAGACCACUCUGCAAGGAUGCAGAUUUUAGGACUGUUCAUGUGUGUGGUGGGGUUAGUGUGGGGACAGAACUCUACUUGUGACGACAUAGACUCCGAUGUUUGCCAAACCUUCAAUGCUCACGUCAACGUCUGUAGUGAUCCAUGUCUCUCAAAACUGUGUCCUAGGACCUGCAAUAUGUGCCCAAGAAAAUGCUACAGUUGUGAUGCUGUUUCUUCUUUAAGUGAUUGUAAUACAACACAAAUUUGUCCGGAUGCAAAUCACGAUUGCUUUGUUCAUAAGGGUUUAACAUCUAACCUCGCAAUUUCUUAUAACAUGGGAUGUGCUAAAAAAGACGUGUGUAGCAAUUUGUUUGUCUCUCACCUGUCAACCACACCGACACCAUCUACCACGACCACAAAACAUGUAACGACUGGUGGAUCAUCCUUCCUGGUUGGCAGAAGAAAAAGACAUGGUUUAAAUGGUGCCUGUUGCAGCUCUGACCUUUGUAACAAAUAUGAACCCAGCAAAAAGAAACGACAGAUGACUUCAUCCUUGUCCAGGUCAGCUGUUUUGACCACUCUGCCAACACAGACUACUACAUUAGCACCAGGUUGCCAUGAUAUCGACACGCUGUCUUGUCAAAAGCUCGCCCACCUAAAAAGAGAUUUAUGCAACGAUGACUGUUUGCUUAAGGCAUGUCCUCGAACAUGCGGAAAAUGCUCUGAAUGUUAUUCCUGUAACUUUGUGCAAAGCCCAGAAAACUGCACCAGUACAUCUGUUUGUCUUCCAGCCGAGAAAUGUUAUGCUGUGGAGGAAUAUCUGGAUAGUGGGAAACUUGGAUAUCGUCUGGGAUGUCUUCAUGAAAAUGUCUGCGAAAAGUUCCAUAAAAAUGGAGGCAAAGUGUUUGGUCGAAGGAGUGAUCACGUGACGUUGACGUUAGAUGGGGACUGUUGUGUUGGGGACCUAUGUAACCAUCGCCCGCUCGUCCACACCACCACCACGACGCAUGCGCCAACUCAGACUGCAAAUAUGUUAACUACUACUCCACAAGAUGGAUGCGAUUAUACGCCAGGCCACCAGUGCCCUAAAGGCUUUAGUACUGUGGGUGGAAAAUGCCUCAUGAUUGGGACGAAUGAGGUGCCGUACGACAUAGCAAAGAGAAUUUGUCAUAACCAUUGCUCAAGAUUGAUGGAAAAUAUUUCUAUGCGUGACGUUACGGGUAUUCAUCACCUGAUGGAUUUGCUUAUGCCUCACGUGCCACCAGAUAGACGAAAGUUAACUGUUGGAGCUCACACCGAUUUCCAUCACCGCCUGGUUUGGGACUAUUCAGGGCAUGUAGUUCAAGAUAUGCCAAAAAAUGUUCACGAUAACAAUUGUGUCUUCCUUCCGUUCGACGUGCACCAUCACGGCUACCUGAAGCUGGAUGAUUGCUCUGAAUACCAUUAUUUCAUUUGUGAAGCACAUUUUAGAUAAACUGUGUAACUGUC